AUGGUUCAUAUUGCCAAAGCACGUCUGGAUGAUGGACAUUUCUCCACCGAGGAAGUGAGGCGUAGUGCCAAACUCGCCUUGACAACGAGUAGGAUCAUCGCCUUCCAAAAAGAUCAAUACGACGAGCCACCUAACAUCGCCGCUGGAUUCGACUCCCUCAAUAUCAGCUGCGAAGGACCGAUCAGAGCGAAUCUCAUCGCCAACGAGAUCACAGCGGAUACUUUCCGGAUAGCUAUCGAGACCUGGGGUGAUGCUACCUUGUACUCGGCCAGCACGACCUGGAUCGAACACAAAGCGAACGCGAAACAAUGCAUCUUCGGCCAAUACGACACCUCCAUCGACAAACAAAUCCCAGCCAAACCAGCUCCAUCGACAAAAUCGAGUCCGGUCAAGACGAAAACAUCGAAGAAGACGCCAGCAAGUCUCCCCCAAAAAUGCGCCAAAUCCAUCACCUUCCCCCAACCCUUCACGGAACCCCCCUCAGUAAUCUGCUGGCUCAACCGCCUCGACCUCCCCUCCGGCCGCGAAAAUGACUACAAACUCCGCGCCUUCCCCGACACCAUCAGCCCUGCAGGCUUCACCGCCCACCUCAACACCUGGGACAACGGUACCAUGUCCGGCGCGGCAAUGUGCUGGAUUGCUUUCCCUUCGUCGAAACGCCACGUCGAUUCCGGAAGGUUUAGUACGAAUGAUGUUCGGAAGCGGACGCAGCCGCGGGAGCGGACGAUGGGACGGGUGGUUUUCAGGAAGAAGUUUGAGGUGGUGCCGACGGUUCUUGCGGCUUUGAAUGCGGUUGAUGUGGCGGGGAAUGCGGAUUUGAGGGUUAGGGUCCGGGUGGAGGAGGUGAGCAAGGAAGGGUUCAGAUGGUAUCUGGAGACGUGGGGGGAUAGUACAGUCUAUUCUGCUGGAGCUAGUUGGAUCGCUCUUGGGUUUCCGGAGUAG